GACCCGAUCCGCUGGCCAUGGACACCGUACUCUGUCUGAGAAUCGCCCUGCUCGUCGCUGGCUUCGUCUCCAGUCACAUAAGCUCGACACCCCCCAAUGCUGCCCCUCAUGCAGAAGAGCGAGCGAGGUACGAAGAAAAACAGGCGUUGGGCUACGGCGAAAAGGGCUUCACUUCCAGUCACGCAGGGAUUUUGUUAAAGUACACGAUCUACAUGGUCAAUUUCAUCGAUCUGCUUGUCAUCUUAUCCGCUGAAAGGGUUCUCAUCGCCGAUGAACUUCGCGCCUGGCUUCCCAUCACCACCGUCGGCCGGCUUUCCAUGCCACCGGCAUUUGCUAUUGGCACGCUUUUUAUGGUCGUCGGCACCCUCAUCCGAGUCGCCUCCUACAGACAACUCGGCCGCCACUUCACCUUCGAGCUCGCCAUCCGAAAAGACCACAAGCUCGUGACGAGUGGGCCAUAUUCCGUUGUCCGGCAUCCCAGCUACACCGGAUAUUGGGUUUACAUUACCGGCAUCGCGGUCAGCCAGCUUGGUCCUGGCUCGCUUUACGCUGAACUUGGGCUUUGGAGGAAUCCGCUUGGCUUCCUCGCAGGCGAGGAUUCGGCGCUCCUACAGGAGUUCGGGGACGAGUGGCUCGUAUGGGCGAAGCGCACUCCUUACCGCCUGGUGCCAGGUAUCUACUAGAAUAUUGGCGACUUCAUGUAAGCAAUUAUAUAAGCUUCCCCUG